CCAAAGAUGUUCCCGCGCUUUAACAACAUACCUAUUAGUAUUUAUAACAUAUAUUUUUUAUUUUCGAAUUCUUUAAGAUAUGGGAUUAUUUCUUGUGUGAGUACGAAGGAACGAGGCAACCUUGGCGCAUCGUGCAUUGCAGCGGGGACCUUGCAAGUCACGCGUCACAGUAACCUCGCCUCACGCCGUGUUCGAACCGAUAUUACGACGUCUCUCGGCUCGGCGCCGUAACGAGCGGUCGCCAAUAUUUUAAUCCAUUGCUGCUCGGUGCGCGGCGCAUGUUAUCUCACACAUGAAUAACAAGCGAUGGACAUUAAACUUAUACGAACGCUCUCUUUUUGUUCAGACGGCACGUAUAUAGAUACGGAGAUAUGUUGAUAGACGUGUUGUAGAACGAAUACAAACAGCUGACCGAGCGACGCAACCACGUAUUUCUUUUUACAGAUAAAAAAUACGAAGCGGUCACUCAAGGACGGUCAACAACUAUCGAGUAGUAUUUCCCGUUCAACUGAGAGUCAAAGUGACACGCUAGUGACGUGUAAGGUGCACUUGUUGCCGUCUAUGUUAACCGUGGACUUUUUCGUCGAUGCAUCGUUUAUUGCGGCUCUCAAUGGUCCGUAAAUACGAAAGAAUGAGCGGCCGUCAGUCCUGGAGCGAGGAGGACAUGGCGAAAGCCGUCGCCGCCGUUGUCUCCGGCAAGAUGGGCUACAAGUUGGCGGCCAGGACGUUCCACAUCCCGCGCUCCACACUGCAGCGCCGAGCCAGCAAGAUACGCUACCAACUGCCGGACGACCCCAAGCCCCUCAUGGGACACUACCGGCGCGUCUUCACAGACAACCAGGAGAAAGACCUGGUUGGAUACAUAAAGAGCAUGGAGAAGUACUUCAUGGGUGUCUCCAGGAGAGACAUAAGGGAGCUGGCCUUCCAGUACGCAGAGGACAACAACUUAAAUCAUCCCUUCGACGUGAACAGCCGCAUGGCCGGCGAGGACUGGGUCAGGAACUUCCUCAAAAGGAAUCCGGAGCUACUCAAUAGGUCAGAAAAAGAAUACGAGCUGGAGCCCGUCAAUUUCGACCAGUUCUACCAUUUUAUGUGUCAACUGUCAUGAUGACUAGUCGAUUAAUUGCUAAAACUAGAUAAUGAAUUAACUAAUUAGCCACACUGUUGUGAUUCCCGCGUACCAACUUUCCUAAAUCAUUCCGAUAUGUUGCCAACAUAAAAAAAAUAUGUUUGUGAUAUUCUGGCGUAAGAAUGAGUUUCCAUUUGCGAAGUGUACAAAAACAUAGUCAACUCUCCCAUUCUCUAUGAGGAAAAUGGAGUCAACUGUAUAUCAUUGUCUCAAGGAAAGCACAGUUAAGGUUACUCGAAUACGUUUGAUGUCAGAAAAGUUAUGCAUUAUGCGAAUAAUAGCCAGAUUUUUGUUAACAGGAAAGUGGGAAAACAGAUUUUGUUCUGAAAGGUGAAGUUUGGAAGUUUUUUUUUUUAUUUUUACUAGAGAAAUGUAAGAACGAGCUUAGCUCAAACAUAGUACAUAUUAUAAAUGAUUCUUCCGUUAUUUUAAAAAGCCACAUAGAUUAUUGUACGACUACUUAUUACUUGUUAGUACUUACCAAGUCUAAUGGUUUCUAGUUGUUUAAUUUAUAGUUUAAAAUUACGUUGGUUAAUGGUAAUUACUAAAUUAAGGGCUGUGAUUUCAGAGAAAAUGUGUAACUCGGUGACGUGAUACGAUAUUAAUUUAAAAAUUGUUCUCAUUUUGUUAGACAACUAUGUUUGCAAAAUACUAGUUUCUCUACCAAAGUACUUUUGGCCAUUGUUUAAAUACCAAUAAAUAUAUACAAAUUGUUUUUAUUACCUCGAUGCCGUCCGCAUUUGUCGGUAAUAACCGAAAAAGUUACCAUUUGGUGUCGGAUGUAGAUUUUUUAAAAGGUUAUUUCUUAAAAAAGUUUUAAGGUUAUGUUUUGUUUUUAAUUUUACGUCGAUUGUCACGAAAUUGUUGUAAUAACGGUGAUAGUAGUGUUAUUGCCUUUAUAUAGCUGGUUGGUACAUAAAUAUGUAUUAAAAAAUGUAUUGUGAGAUAUUUUUCUAAUUUUUAUUGUAAGAAUGAUAAUGUUAUAUUACUUAUGCCCAAGUUCAAGUUGUUACCUGAAAUAAGAUUGAUCUCUACUUAGUUUAAUUGUGUUAGUACUUUGUGGGAGUUUUUUUUUUUGAGGUCAGUGGAUAUGAGUCGUUAUUGAAAUUUUAUUUUCGGAAAUUAAAAAAAAAUGAAUGCCAAACUUGUUAUUAUUUUGAGAUUUAUAUUUAAUUGGAAUAAGUAAGUAUGUACUUAAGUUUCUUGCACUUAAAUAAAAAUAUACAAAUAU